UUUUUUUUUCCUCGUUUGGUUACUCGAAUAAUUGCAUCCCCGAUAUCAUUCAACAUGACGACUCAACAUUCUAUCUCGAUACCAAUUUGGCCAAAAAGGAACCUUUUUUCUUAUAUAUUAUCAUUCAUUGGAUUGAACAGAUCAAAUGAUACUGUGGACAAUGAUUCCUUUUGUAUAUCCCCAGCAACAUCCUCAACUUCAACGUUAACAAUGUCCUCGACAACGAUAUCAUCCCAAUUAUUUUCACCUUCAAGAUCAAUAUCUUCAUCAUCGACAACAUCAACUCUAUCUGAAUGUAUCAGCAACAACAGAGAAAAGCAACCAAGGUUUGUCAAGUCUACGGCAACUUUACUCGCAUGCGAUGAUCUUGGAAACAGCAUUAUGGAUGACAGUUCCGCAGUACUGGUGCCAAUGACUGAUAAUAGUAAUGUUGAUCAACCGAAUAGACAACACCAUUCGAUAUGGAAAUUUCACAAAUGGAUUCGAUCUUUACCAAAGCUUGCCUUACUUCAUCUUCUCUCUACGACAACAAUACAACAACCUGCAAUUACAUAUCAGCUUUUGGAAUACCAAUAUCUCCAAGAUAUCACCAAUAUUAAAAUCAACACGACCAACAAAAAAGGUAGAUUAACAUUUGAUCAGACUAAGCCUAUUGAUACCUGCAACGGAAAUAUGAGUGGAGAUAUGGAUGCUCUCUUACACGAAAUGACUUGGAUUCAGAAUCAUGCUCGCGCCAUUGUACAUCUCUUGGAUCAUGCAAGACCGAAUGAACAAUUUGCCAGGGCAGAAGAAAUCAAUGAUCAGUUAUUCUCCUUGGUGAGGCUAUGUACUUUUCAAUUCCAUGUUCAUUGGGGCGAUUCUUUUAUCGCAUUGAUGGCUCUUACCUUGGUGGCGAAAGAAUGUUUUGAUGCUCCUUCAGAAGUACGCCAGUGUCUGUUUUACCGGGUUAAAUUUGGGCGUACAUUGAUAUUGGAAAUGAUCACUGUUUUGAAGCACUGGAAGAUCUAUCGUGGAAAUAAAACAAGAAAUGGAACAGUAGGAACUACUACAAGCAGGCAUCAAGAUAUCAUUAUGAACGAUAACAGUCUCAAAGAACAGAAACAACGACGUGCACUUUGGAAACAUGGCAACAGCAAUGCUCUAUUCACAACUUCACAAUCAUUAACGCCGCAGCAACAGCAUUUGAUCAAACACUUUUUUCUGCAACGUGGAUCCAUAUCAGCAAAUUCAGGGGAAACGACUCCACAUCAUGAUGAUGACAACGCAGCCACCCAAAUGCGCAAGAAUGGACUUGAUACUCGCGUUACUGAUUUGGCAUCCGAAUGGUAUCCGGAUUUACACCUUGUUUGUGAAAAACUGGCAAAAAUGGAUGAACAUUGGAAAUAUCGCGAAGAAUACCAGCAAGUACCGAAGAUGGCACACGAUAUCACUUGGAAUUAGUAUAGUUUUUUUUUUUCUUUUUUGGGUUUAUUUAUUAUUGUUUUUAUAUUAUUGUAGUUACUUUAUAGUAUAGUAUAGGUUUCUUCACUUUUUCUUCAGUCUUUUGAUUCGCAUGAAUAAAUAAAUAAAAAAAAAUA